AUGGAAUCUGGGAGAAGGGGAUGGAAUCUGGGAGAAGGGGAUGGAUUCUGGGAGAAGGGGAUGGAAUCUGGGAGAAGGGGGAGGAAUCAGGGAGAAGGAGAUGGAAUAAGGGAGAAGGGGAUGGAAUCGGGGAGAAGGGGAUGGAAUCUGGGAGAAGGGGUGGAAUCUGGGAGAAGGGGAUGGAAUCUCGGACAAGGGUAUAGAAUCUGGGAGAAGGGGAUGAAAUCUGGGAGAAUGGGAUGGAAUUUGGGAGAAGGAUGGAAUCUAGGAGAAGGGGAUGGAAUCUGGGAGAAGGGGAUGGAAUCUGGGAGAAGGGGAUGGAAUCUGGGAAAGGGGAUGGAAUCUGGGAGAAGGGGGUGUAAUCUGGGAGAAGGGGAUGGAAUCUGGGAGAAGGGGAUGGAAUCUGGGAGAAGGGGAUGGAAUCAGGGAGAAGGGGAUGGAAUCUGGGAGAAGGGGAUGGAAUCUGGGAGAAGGGGACGGAAUCUAGGAGAAGGGGAUGGAAUCUGCGAGAAGGGGAUGGAAUCUGGAAGAAGGGGAUGGAUUCUGGGAGAAGGGGAUGGAAUCUGGGAGAAGGGGGAGGAAUCAGGGAGAAGGGGAUGGAAUCAGGGAGAAGGGGAUGGAAUCUGGGAGAAGGGGAUGGAAUCUUGGAGAAGAGGGUGGAAUCUGGGAGAAGGGGAUGGAAUCUGGGAGAAGGGGAUUGAAUCUGGGAGAAGGGGAUGGAAUCAGGGAGAAGGGGGUGGAAUCUGGGAGAAGGGGGUGGAAUCUGGGAGAAUGGGAUGGAAUCUGGGAGAAGGGGAUGGAAUCUGGGAGAAGGGGAUGGAAUCUGGGAGAAGGGGAUGGAAUUUGGGAGAAGGGGAUGGAAUCUGGGAGAAGGGGAUGGAAUCUGGGAGAAAGGGAUGGAAUAUGGGAGAAAGGGAUGGAAUAUGGGAGAAAGGGAUGGAAUCUGGGAGAAGAGGAUGGAAUCUGGGAGAAGGGGAUGGAAUCUGGGAGAAGGGGAUGGAAUCUGGGAGAAGGGGAUGGAAUCAGGGAGAAGGGGAUGGAAUCUGGGAGAAGGGUGUGGAAUCUGGGAGAAGGGGGUGGAAUCUGGGAGAAGGGGAUGGAAUCUGGGAGAAGGGGAUGGAAUCUGGGAGAAGGGGAUGGAAUCUGGGAGAAGGGGAUGGAAUCUGGGAGAAGGGGAUGGAAUCUGGGAGAAGGGGAUACAAUCUGGGAGAAGGGGAUGGAAUAAGGGAGAAGGGGAUGGAAUCGGGGAGAAGGGGAUGGAAUCUGGGAGAAUGGGAUGGAAUCUGGGAGAAGGAGAUGGAAUCUGGGAGAAGGGGAUGGAAUCUGGGAGAAGGGGAUGGAAUCUGGGAGAAGGUCUGGGAGAAGGGGAUGGAAUUUGGGAGAAGAGGAUGGAAUCUGGGAGAAGGGGAUGGAAUUUGGGAGAAGGGGAUGGAAUCUGGGAGAAGGGGAUGGAAUCUAGGAGAAGAGGAUGGAAUCAGGGAGAAGGGGAUGGAAUCUGGGAGAAGGGGAUGGAAUCUCGGAGAAGCGGGUGGAAUCUGGGAGAAGGGGAUAGAAUCUGGGAGAAGGGGAUGGAAUCUGGGAGAAGGGGAUGGAAUCUGGGAGAAGGGGGUGGAAUAUGGGAGAAGGGGAUGGAAUCUGGGAGAAGGGGAUGGAAACAGGGAGAAGGGGGUGGAAUCAGGGAGAAGGGGAUGGAAUCAGGGAGAAGGGGAUGGAAUCUGGGAGAAGGAGAUGGAAUCUGGGAGAAGGGGAUAG